UGGAACGCGACUUGUGUGUGCACGUUUUGAAGUUUUAGUUGUGUAUUUUUUCAAAUAGAUUUAAAAAAUAAUCAAAACACCGGUAUGAGAGGAGCGGACACUCUGAUACCGGCUAGAUUUUUAACUCUAACUAGUCAUCUAUCUGCGGUAAUUACUUUACUAUGGGAGAGCCAGGAGAGCACUCGACACUGUUUGCCGAGCCACUUUCACGACGAUCAUUUCCAAAUAUAUCACCACCGGUUGGUAGCAGGCUUCGCGUCGGCUCUAGCGCUAAUCCUGCUCGAGUACUUCACCUUCCUCUCCGGACUAACAAUGUUCUCACCUUCCGUGUCUCUCAUAUCGACGGCCGGCCACGGCUCUGCCUCAAUUGCCUUAACGUACUUCGUCAUAGACGGUUGGCUUUGUGACUGGUACUGGCCAAUAUUCGUCCUCUGCAGUGUACUCCCGUCUAUCUUUGAUGUGACCACAGCCUUUCUUAAUAUGUGUUCUAUCAAGUGGUGAAGUGCCUUCUUAGUUUUAGUGUUUUAGGCUUAAGUUUUUGCUGCAAAAUGAAGCUGAAGGAUUUUAUUAAUUUGUUUAUAACCACCGAGCACCAGCAUCUAACCACAUCGCACGACUACAAGGGGGGAUGGUCCCUCUACUUGGUUCUAGCCGGGAUAGUAACGACUCUAGGCUCCUCGCUACCUGUUGGAUAUAAUAUAGGAGUUGUUAAUACGCCUGCUGAGGUAAUAAAAAAAUUUUGCAACGAGAGUUUCAUAAGCCGAUACGACGUAGUGCUCGACGAAAAAUGGCUGAACGUGCUGUGGUCGUCUGUCGUGUCCAUCUUCAUAGUCGGCGGCUGUACCGGGUCCAUUCUCGGAGCUGUACUCGCCAACAGCUUGGGAAGGAAAAUGGCGACAGUUUUAACGAGCGUACUGUCGGUCGCCGGCGGGCUGUUGUUUCUGCUGUGCCAAAAAGCUAACUCAGUAGAAAUGCUUAUUUUAGGAAGAUUACUAGUCGGUCUGUCUGGUGGCCUAACCACCAGCAUAGUGCCCAUGUACCUGACGGAGCUAGCCCCGCCCGCGCUGACCGGAGCCCUGGGAGUCGCGUGCCCCAUGGGCGUCAACGUCGGCGUGCUCGUCGGACAGGUCAUGGGCUUAGAUUUUAUAUUGGGUCGUGCCGAGGACUGGCCGUACCUUCUGUCCGUCUAUGCGUUGCUAGUCAUUAUUUGUUUACCUUUGUUAUUUAUACUGCCAGAGAGCCCUAAGUACUUAUUUGUAGUUAAGAAAAAUGAGGAGAGAGCUUUAAAAGAACUGAGUCGCCUCCGCGGCCGAUCCCCAAGUCUACUAUCAGACGACCUAGAACUGCUACGAGAAGAGGUCCGAUGUGGGGAGGCUGCCACUCUCAAUGGAGAACAAGAGUGGUCCAUGAUCCGAGUCCUCACAGACAAGAGGUUGAGGUUGCCUCUACUCCUGGCUUGCACCAUGCAGGCUGGACAGCAGACCAGCGGGAUCAAUGCCGUAUUCUACUACUCCCAAACGAUCUUCAAGCAGGCCGGCCUCACAGAGAAGAACUCGCAAUACGCCACAAUAGGCUGCGGGUUCAUCAACGUGUGUACCGCGGUGCUCAUGCUCAAGUUACUGCCGCGGUACGGAAGAAGGCCACUUCUGUUGGCGUCUAUAUUCAGCGCUUCAGUUAUUUUGGCGUCGCUGGCUGCUUGCAUGAGGUUUAUGGACGUGGUGUCGUGGAUGCCGUACGUGUGUAUGGUAGCGGUGCUGUCGUAUGUUCUAGUCUACGGGUUCGGCCUCGGCCCGAUACCCUACUUUAUUGCCUCGGAACUAUUCGAGGUGGGUCCCCGACCAGCCGGCAUGGCUUGGGGUUCCCUCGCCAACUGGGGGGGUAACUUCCUCGUGGGCAUGUCGUUCCCCAGCAUGAGGGAAUCCAUCGGUCCCUACUCCUUCCUGGUCUUCUCGGCCGUCACUGCUGUUCUGUUUGUCUUCCAGAAGCUAUACUUCCCAGAAACCCGCGGUAAGACGCCGACUCAAGUCACACAGCUGUGCAGUCGCGGCUUCCGAUCCAAACCUCUCAUCUCACCCGCCAUGUCUAGUGUAUGACGUCACCAUAACACGGAUGUAAUAUGUGACUGAUGUGUGUGUAAGUGGACUGUUUUGUAUGUUUUUGAAGAGGGGGUUAAAGAGUUUUUGGGUAUAGCCACACAUAAAGGUCGAUAAGUUUUUUAAACAACUAAUAGUAUAGAAAUUCGUUAUUAAAUCAUCACGUCUCCGCGUACUCUAUAAUAUCAGCCUCGUUGAUUGGUUGUUGUUAACUCAUUUGUUGGAACUUCAUGUUCAAAAUGAGCGGUGGCUUUGGUAACUUUGAAAAUUACUUUUACGAGUUUUUACGCAAAGCGACAUUUACAGGCACUUGUUAGUCUAUUUAUAUCAUAAUUAAUAUUUCCGUUGCGUUCAUCACAAAUGUUUGAGAUUACUCACAUUUUUUUUGUUGGGUAAUCAUCAAAUGGUUCCUAUAUAUGCCACCUCAUGAACAAAUUCUUUGUCUCCCCACUUCAAAACCUACUAAAAUAAAAUGAGCUCAAAUUGUAAAUGUAUGACAGAUGUAUUAGCUAGAACCUUUUCCAAAUUAAAUGCUUUUACGUAUAAAUAUGUAUAAUAUGGCAGCGUAUAUACAGAGUGUAUCUACAGAAACAUAUCCAUUUCUAUUUUUAUACUAGUCGAAAAUAAUUGAAUUGGUUUAACGUGGAAAAUUUCGUUGGAAUCUCUAGAAAAGACGUAUUUUAUUUUUAACUUUAAAUGCUUAUUGGUUAAUGAAAUCCAACUGAUAUUAUAAAUGUGACUAUUUCACGCAAAAGCCAAUACAUUGGCUUGAUAUUGGUAGUUCAUUUAUUUACUUCUCAGCAUAUUAUUUACAUUUUAAAAUAUUGAAUUAUAAAAAUCAAAAAACAUUUUAAAAUAUAAAAAUAACUUAUUAUUACUUUUAUCCAUGUGCGGGAGGUUGUAACCUCGGGAUAUAGAUAUAACCGCGGGUGAAAACUAGAAUGUAAAAAUCACAUUUAGCUCAAUCAACAAGACGAUUUUUUAAAAGUAUCUGAUUAUGAAUGAAUAAUUUUGUUUUUUUUGUGUUUUUCUAUUCACGUGGUGCAAGGAUAGUCAAAUACGCUAUUGAUAUAAGAGUGCUCGGUGCAUUUUGUAUUACUAAGUAUUUUUUUGUAUUGUUAUACGAUAAGUGCACUUUUUAAUAUUUGCGCUAGUGCUACAAGACAGGUGACUUCCAGAAGUUUUUUGGAUUUAUGGUUCAGAAUGCUGCAUUUACUUUAGGCAGAUUAGGCUCAAUAAAACAAUAUAGAUUUGAUCAAAUACUGUAUAAGUAGCUAGUAAAGUUGUCUGCCGGAUAAUACAGAAGAUAUAAGCUCAGAUCAUUUUUAUAUAUCUUACAUAGCUAACUGGUUAAAAUAGCUUUUUAAACUAAACAGCAUUUUUUGUAUACUUGAAUCUUUCUAAAGUAAAUGUAGCAUUGAGCCGCUUAGAACAAAUUAGCUAUAAGUUUGUGAGGAAAUAGUUUGUAACAGAUUCUUGCGUAUUAUCUUACAAGUCCUUGAUCCAUACUGGUUGUUGCUUGCAUGUUUAUAAUAACUAGAGUUAGGGUACCGGGUAUAUUGAUUUACAGUGUUCAGAAUAAAUGCUGAUCUUUUAAAUUACUGCAUGCACUACUAAAUAUUUUUUAAUGUCUCUUAAAGUACUGUAAGGCCUUUGAUACGGAUUCCACUAAAGAAUAAAUCAGCACGAUUACUUAUUCAAUUAUUGAUACGAGUGGAAAAUACUAUUUAUAAAUAUUUUAGUUAGGUAACCUGUAUUGUAUGUCUCGAAUGAGUAAAAUAAAAUUCAUCGGAAUUGAUGACCUCCUUUUUGAGGGAUAAAUUAUUUUUCGCCAUUUCAACUGACUUCCCAAAAAAGAGAAGGUUCUCAAUGAGAAUUUUUUUUUCUAUACCGGUACCCUCACUCUAGCUAUAUCCGUCUUCAAGACGUUUUUAAAGUACAAAAUAACUAGUAUCAGUACCAUAACACUUUUGUAAGAUCGUUAACACAUUUUAUCCAUCCAUCUCUGAACUAAAAAUAAGUAGGUAUUAUGAAUUUAUGCUUCGUGUGCCUAGGUAAGGUCGGUUACAAUACAGGUUUAGCUAGUUUUUAAAAGUAGUAUUUAUUCUUUAAAUACAGGCGUGGAGACAUAAUUUUCCACUGUAUAUUGUAGCUGGCUGAUUUUUUUGAGUAGCUAAUAUUACUAUGUACACCUAUACCUAAUUGUAUCUUCUUUGAAAAUAAAAAUACAGUCGUCUCUCGUUAAUUCGAAACUCGAGGGACUCUUAAAAUAUUACGAAUUAUCGAGUUUUUGAAAUAUUAAAUGGUUCGAAAUUUGUGAGAGAAAAUAAAUAAAAUUUCGAAUUAUUAAGUGUUGAUCAAUUAUUUUUUGUUAACUGCUAUUUUAUAACAAUAUCAAAAGUUUAAAGACACAUUUGUGUGCAUAUAUGUACUCAUAAUGUGAAUUAAUGAAUCUUUCGAAACAACUCCGUCAUACUGCUUCAAAACAGAUUGCUGCUACUCAGACUGCUCUCUGAUUCUGACUUACAAUCUUUUCGCCUCUUUCUCUCUGCAACUUUGAAUUCUCGAGUGUUGGACGACUAAGAAUUCGAAUUAAUGCGUCGUUUUGUUAUAAAGCAAUGCUUUUUUCGUUCGAAUUAUCAAGUGCAUAAAAAUGUAUUGAUUUAGUUCGAAAUAUAAAGAGAUUUUGUAGGGAACUCGUGAUAACUUUGAAUUAACGAGAGGUUCGAAAUAUCGCAGGUUUGAAUUAACAAGAGUCGACUGUAUAUGAAAGGUCCACUACUUUGCGAAGCCAGGUCUGUUUAUCAGACAUUGAGUCAUUACAAUACUAAAAUAAAAGAUAAAUAUUACUAAGAAAUAUUCUGUGUCGAAGUUACUGCAUAUUCCUGGCAAUUUAAUUUAAUGCCUUGUACGUCACAUGGGCACUCAAUAGAGAUAAUAUAAUGAUAAUUUAAUGAAUGAAGCUAGAAAUUUUUACUAUAACAAGUAUUUUUUUACAUAACGUUAGUAGCCCUCGGGUAAAGCGACCACAUCUGUAUUUAAAGUAUAAAGCAUAUUUUUACAAUAAUUUUCAGUGCGCACAAAUUGUAUUGAUUAUAUUAAAUACGUCCACCACUUCGUGUCUUUAAAGUUUUUUACCGUUUAUACUAGAACUUACAAACAUCACUUUAGUGCAUAAUUUAUAUUAAAAAAAUAGAGGAAUAAGGAUUAUUUUGUUGUUUAAUUAUUUUUAAUUAAUUAUAAGUUUGAGGAAAUGUAAGCUCUUGUAUGCGUAGAACAUUAUUUUAUUGUGCAUUUUUACAAUAAACAUUGAAGUACCAUUUA